AUGGCCCGCCCACGCCGUUCUUCGACCCACUCGUCAGCUGUCACCAUCAUCUCGUCCGACUCGGAGACCGAGGGCGCUGCGACCGGUGCGAGGGGGUCGGGGACUGGGUCACCGAGCACGGCGCCUACGAGCGUGAGGGGCGGCAAGGGUGGCAAGAUGGAUCUCGACUCGGAGGUCGAGGACAGCGAAGAGGGCGCACAGACGCCUAGUUCUCGCACGACUCCUCGCCGUUCUGCUGCCGCUGCAGCAUCGAAAAAGCUCGUCUUGCCGACCUUCCAGCUCACCGAUUCGGAAGAGGAGGAGGUCAAGCUCUCGAAGCGGGCGGCAAAGGGUAAGGGCAGGGCUAUCGUCGAGUCGACGGCUUCGUCCGACAACGGUGGCAGUGCAGACGAGUACGAUGCCUCGAGCGUCAAGGACGAGGCGAAGGAGGAGGAGGACGAGGACGAGCUGAUGAUGGACGAUGACGACGGGGAGGAUGCCGGCGUCAAGAAGGCCCGCGAGCUCGCCAAGAAGCUCAAGAGCAGUCUCUCCAAGUCUACGCCAGACAAGGGCAAGGGCAAAGCUGUCGACGCCGAAGACCUCGCGCGUUCCGUCUCGCGCUCGCUCAAGGGCAAAGGUCGCGCAAGGUCGCCUUCGUUCGAGGUGGUGAUCGAGGAGCGCAAGCCGACGCGCAAGGAGCGCAAGCCGACGCGCAAGGAGCGCGAGUCACGCACGCCUAGCAGCGUCAAGGGCAAGGGCAAGAUGAAGGCCUCGACGCCUCGUCGUGUCGCCCCGCCGAGCGAUUCGGACAGCGAUUCCGAGGGAUCCGUCUUUGCGCCCUCGGCGUCGUCAGUGCACUCGGAGGACGAGGAUGAGGAUUGGGACGCCGAGGCCGAGGCGGCUGAGAUGGAUGUCGAUGAGGAGGAAGGUAGCGAUGCGUUUGAGCUAGACGAGUCGGAGGAGGAGGAGAAGCCGAAGAAGAAGAAGGACAAGGAGAAGGCGAAGAAGAAGGCGAAGAAGGUCAAGGACGAGGAGGAAGAGGAGACGUUGCCGGCCGAAGGAGGCGAGGGCGACAAAGAGCUCAAGAAGAAGAAGAAGGAAAAGGUCGCGCCGCGCAAGGGCGCCGUCAUCACGAAGGAGGAAAAGAAGGCUCUCAAGAAGAUGUCGCAUUUCGAGCGUACGACCUACUACCUCGGGAAGAAUCAUCCGGAGCUCAAGACCUGCUGGCCCGACCUCGCCGAGCGGCCUCUCACCAAAGUCGAGCGCGCCGAGCAACCCGCGCUCCUCACGCAGAAGCUUCUGCCGUUCCAGCUCGAGGGCUUGAACUGGCUCAAGCAGCAGGAGGCGGGGCCAUUCAAGGGCGGCUUCCUCUGCGACGAAAUGGGCAUGGGCAAGACGAUCCAGACCAUCUCGCUCAUCCUCUCCGAUUGGUCGCCGACGCACCCGAAGGGCUCGACGCUCGUGCUCGCCCCGACAGUUGCUAUCAUGCAGUGGAAGAGCGAGAUCGAGAAGUUUACGACCGGCUUCAAGGUGCUCGUCUUCCACGGCUCGAACAGGCUCAGCAACGCCAAGGAGAUGGAGAAAUUCGAUGUCGUCUUGACUUCCUACGCCGUCCUCGAGUCGACGUUCCGCCGUGAGCAGAAGGGCUUCACGAAGAAGGGCAAGGUGCUCAAGGAGGACUCGAUCCUGCACAAGGUCAAGUGGCACCGCGUUAUCCUCGACGAGGCGCACAACAUCAAGGACCGCCAGUCGAACACCGCCAAGGCCGCCUUCGCCCUUCGCGCGCACUACCGCUGGUGUUUGUCCGGUACACCGCUCCAGAACCGCGUCGGCGAGCUGUACUCGCUCAUUCGCUUCGUCGGAUGCGACCCGUUCGCCUUCUACUUCUGCAAGCGGUGCGACUGCAAGAGCCUGCACUGGCUCGCGUCGGGCGGUCCCUGCUCGGCUUGCGGGCACAGCUCGAUGCAGCACACCUGCUACUGGAACCAGGCGGUCUUGACGCCGAUCCAGUACGGCGGGACGACGACCGGCGAGGGCCAGCGCGCCUUCCAGAAGAUGAGCCUCCUCCUCUCGCACCUCAUGCUCCGCCGCACCAAGGUCGAGCGCGCCGACGACCUCGGCCUUCCCCCGCGCGUCGUCAACGUCCGCCGCGACUUCUUCACCGAGGAGGAGGAGGAGCUGUACCAGUCGCUCUUCAAGGACGUCAAGCGCAAGUUCAACACUUAUGCCGACGAGGGCACGGUGCUCAACAACUACUCGAACAUCUUCACCCUCAUCACGCGCAUGCGGCAGAUGGCGGACCACCCCGACCUCGUCAUCAAGUCCAAGACUGCAGAGCCCGUCCAACACGCCGCUGCCGACUUGCCGCAGGAGAUCAUCACGUGCCGCCUCUGCCUCGACGAAGCCGAGGACGCCGUCAAGACGUCGUGCCGCCACAUCUUCUGCCGCGAGUGUGUCCGCCAGUACCUCGAGACGGCCGUCGAGCAGAGGCCCGAGUGCCCCGUCUGCCACCUCCCGAUGAGCAUCGACCUCGACCAGGACGCGAUCGAGGUGGACGAGACCGGCAGGCAAGGCUUCCUUGCCCGCAUCGACCCGACCAAGAGCAGGACGAGCAGCAAGAUCGAGGCCCUCCUCGAGGAGCUCAGCAAGACGAGGACCGAAGACCGUACGCUCAAGACGCUCGUCUUCUCACAGUUCACGUCGAUGCUCGACCUCGUCGCUCGUCGUCUCCAGCUCAGCGGCUUCAAGUACGUCCGCCUCGCCGGCACGAUGACGCCGCUCGCUCGCGAGAACACGAUCAAGCAUUUCACGAGCGACCCCGAAUGCACCGUCUUCCUCAUCUCGCUCAAGGCCGGUGGUGUGGCUCUUAACUUGGUCGAAGCCUCACGCGUCAUCAUCCUCGACCCGUGGUGGAACCCUGCGGUCGAGCUGCAAGCGAUGGACCGCGUGCACCGUAUUGGGCAGCACCGGCCGAUUACUGUCACCCGCCUCAUCAUUGAGAACUCGAUCGAGUCGAGGAUUCUCGACUUGCAGAAGAAGAAGGAGGAUUUGGCGGCGUCUGCGCUUGGCGACGACGAUGCGGCGAUGGGUCGGCUCACCCCUGAGGACCUGAGCUACCUCUUCUCGCUCUCGUGA